AUGAGCCACUUCACCCUGGCUGCGCUGGAGCUCGAUAAUAACUACAGGACGCUCCGGAUGGAUUUACCGUCCCUCCCACCUCGCAGCGCACAAUUUCCCUCACAAGACAGGCGCUCCUCCAUUUAUUUAAUCUUGGCCGACGACAGCAUGCCAAACGCAGACUCCAGCGACAGAGCUCGAGACUUUCAAACAGGGGACAGGAGUGAGACGUCCUCUGACUGCGUACCCCAACAGCACCGACAGACAGGACCAGUGUGUACAAAAAGCCGCUUUAUGGGCCCCAAACCUCGUGAGCCCCCCGGGAUGGCGUGCAGCGCGUGUUACUACCUAGUUAUCAGCUCCACUCACUUAAGCAACGGACACUUUCGGCGCGUCAAAGGGGUCUUCAGGGGACCGCUGCGUCCAACCGCAAGCAGUGACUCACCGCUUCUGCCCUUCAUCACCAGCAGCUUUCCACCGACCUCGACGGUACAUCAGGAAUGCACUGAGAGGGCUUUAGGUUGCUCAGUGGAGGAUCUGAAGUCUCUCUUCUACUGUGAGCUGUGUGACAAGCAGUACCUGAGACACCAGGAGUUUGACAACCACAUCAACUCCUACGACCAUGCACACAAACAGAGGCUGAAAGAACUGAAGCACAGAGAGUUUGUGCGUAAUGUGGCCUCAAAAUCAUGGAAGGACCAGCGAAAACAGGAGAAGGCUCUUCGGCGUCUGCACCAACUCGCAGAGCUGCAGCAAGAAACCGAGCAAGUCCCAAGAAGGUCUUGUGGAUUGAGACGGGCAAUCACUGUUAGCCAACAACGAGAUAAUAAUGUGUAUCAAAGAGAAAAGAGCCCUGAAGACAAACCUGUGACCUUAUCCCGCCCCCAGAGGACCCCGAUGACACAACCGAGGACCACCAGCCAAACGUCAGAAGAUUCAUGCCAGCCUUUUGCGCGGUUACCUCUUGCCACUACUUUAGCAGAGUCCCGGCUAAUGACUUCUACAUCCGAUACAGACACUCCUGCUAUUUUGACCCAGUCUUACCACAGCUUGUGCCCCCAGCUUCCUCUCCCUGCUAAAGGGAGAGUGGGAGGCAGGCUUGGAGUGUCAUUCUGCUUCUCACGCAGAGGGCCCAGGCUGGAGCCUUCUGCUUCAGUCUUCUCCGACCUGGAGGAGGAAGAGAGAGAAAAGAGGGAACAAAUGAGAGAGAGAGUAAAGGCAAUAAUGGAAGAUAUCGACAGGGAGAUAGGGGAAGCAGAUGAGAGGAAACACAGUGAAAGUGGAAAGGAAAAGCCCUCCUCUGAAAGUGUCUUAGUGAGCGACAUUCAGCCAGUCCCAGGAGAGACAACAAGAGAAGAGAAGCAGAUGGGAGAAGCUGACAGACUAAAAGAACAUUUUCCCAUUUCCACAGCAGCCAAUAUUAAUACAAGUGAUGACUUACUAGUCCCACAAUCACACACUCAGGUGAGCAUAUGGGGAGAAACACAAAACAUGGCACAUGUGGACGCCAAACACAAAGGAAGGGAGACGGAGACAAAACAAGAAACAGACAGCGACAAGCAGACAAGUCCUUUUGAGUAUGUGCAAGGGAAAGAUGUUGCAACCCGUCUGAGAUGGCCUGUCAGUUUGCUUAGGUUCACCAAGUCUCAACCAAGCAUCUCCUACAGCUGCAACCCGCUCUGCUUAAACUUCCCACCACCAGAAAUAUGCACAGGCGAUCAGCAGGAGACACAACAGGAUCAGUCAUCUCCUUUUUCAGGUGCACCAAAUCCAGCUGAUCCUAAAGACAACACUCACUCGUCUUUUCAAAAACAUGACUUGGGAACUCAUGGACUUGAAAAAGAUGAGAAUUUUAAGCAACAUAUUGGUGUGGGGACAAAUGGCCAUCUGCUCCUUAAGGACACAAUUAUUUCACCUUCUGAAACAGAAGUAGAAAGAGGCAGAUGCACACAAAGUACCGAGAACUGUGAGAGGGCAGGCCCCUAUCCAUUUGACCCCAGUCAGUGUGACAGCUCCGACACAAACUCCCAGAAUCCUCUGGGAAGCAGAUUAGAGGGUGCAAGAAGGAUCAGGAAGAGAGCCAUCGCAGCCCUGAGCUGUAAAUUAGAGUCUGUCACCCAGCUUGGCACAGAGGGGGUGUGCAUCAGUCCGUCCAGGUGUGAAUGUGGGAGUGCGACAAUGUGCAAGUGUGCCAGCGCUCCACAGCCGUAUGUGGGUACCCCAAAAGCGUCACGUAAAAAAAGGACGUCCAACACCAAGAAACACAAGCUGAAAAAGACCAAAAGGGCUGAGAAGGAAAAGGCUUCACACAAAAGCCGGUCGGCAAAGUGCAAAGUGAGGAGUGUUGUCUCCACGGUUUUCGCAGGAAGAGAGAGCAACAGGGAAGCCGGGGAAGGAUGGAGAGGGAGAGGGAGGCAAAGACAGAUGAGGGUGAGGAGAGCGUCCAAGGCAGGGAGCAGAUGUCUCCUGGGGAGAUGCGAUGCUGAACCGGUAUCCGUCUGUGUCAGGAGGAGGCCUCGUAGGAGCUCCGGGACUGAAUUCAAGUCACAGCCAGGCAGAGAGCAGGCAGAACACUCGAGCAUCUACUCCCAACUGAGCAGACGCGCAGCAGACAGAGAUACCGAGGGGCAGGGAAAGCCAGGCGGAGAUGCAAUGGCUUUUCCCUGGCGGUCUCACUUCUCCUUACGCUCCUUCUCACCAGGAUGUAACUCAAAGCUGUUUUGGGAAAGGGGUCACCAUAGCAACCCCAGGAGUUUCAUUGACUGCUGUUACCCUGACAACAGCUGCGGUAGCGGUCCUGUGAAAAAGAGAAAACUACUCCAUGGGGACAGGACGUUCAUUCAUAGUAAGAGGAAUUUUGAAGUCUGGGAGGAGGAUAGAAGGAUAAUGGGAGGCUCCAGAGACAGGCGUCUGAUUUCAGACACAGGGCAGUGGGAGUGGGAGAGAGGGAGCUAUGCUGGAGGCCGGGAGGAGCACAGGCCAAGGACUGGCUGGGGCUUGAGAAACAGAGAGACAGAGUGGGAUCAUGUGGUGAAGUGCAGCCCUAGUCCGAGCGGAUGGGACAGGAGACACAGGCAUCUCAGCACGGAAGACUUAGACUGGGAUAGGUGCAGUGUGGACAGAUGGACGUGGGGCAGCAGCGACAGCUGGGAAGAUAGAGGAGCACACAGGUCCAUUUCAGGCUCAAGGACAGGUUCUGACAGCACAGACAGCCCAACCAGCAUGUGGAGAUGUGCAGGCACGAGGCGCUCAAGUUCAAGACACUUCUCAAGCCCUGAGUGGUGGACAAGUCGACAGACACACAGCUGCCGGAGUAUAAUUGGCAUCCAGGGCAGUAAAUGCCUGAGCCCUCGCUCCUGCAGUCCUUGUAGCAGCAUCAGCACAUCCGAGUUCAGUUGUGGAUGGAGCAGGAGCAGUACCUGCUCAGAAGUCAGUGUAAAUAGGCUGACGGUCAGUUCCUAUGGGACAUCCUCAAGGACGGAUGAGACUCCUCAGGAGACCAGAAAGCAAAACAGUCCCAAAUCCACUUCACCCGUCCCUUGCUCUGCCUCUCUCUCUCAUUCCUCUCCCCACAGAUCAUCUCUGAAAGCUCCUGGCCUCAUCACUGACCACUUUGACAGAAGUCCCUCACAGCGAAAAGACACUAGUUCAGAGUCAGAGCAUGGUCAGGAACCCUCUGCCCCUGUCACAAUAAGCAGCUCAGGCACAGUUCUGCCAACACUAUGUCAAAGUCAGACUCUUCCUCAGAAACCGCAAAGGAUGUUACUUUUCCCUCUCAUAGGAAAACUUCCUGCAAUCCUGAGAAAGGCAAGAAGGAAAAACGGAUUGCUGGAAAAGAGUCAAGAAAGGCAGAGAAAAAAGGAAGUGAAGGAAGGUGGAGAAGAUCCCGGGGCAUCUCCUGUCUGUCAAAAAUGUCCUCCAGACAUUGCUGAGUCUAAACUCGGCAGAAUGCCAAAUCUCUCACCACCACAGAUUAGGACCGAUGACAAGAAGACAGGUGCAGAAACAGUUCCACCAAUCAGCUUUUCAGCUGAGGAGAUGGACAAAUAUCGCGUCCUGCAAGAGCAAGCAAGGGAACACAUGCAGAAAGUACUGGAAAAGUCGCAAGAAAGUGCAGACAUGAACGCACAGACGAGCUAUACACACGACGCACAGACAGAAAGGUGCAUGGCUUUAGAAGAGCGAUACACAAUUGCACCAUUGCACAACCCUGCACAGCCACAAACUCAGCCAAUGCAAGCAGAGAUGAUGCAUGAACAAGUACAUAACACGCUCCACGUCAGUCUCCCGCUCUCACAUGGGACCCCACAAGAGAGCUUUACACGGCCCAUGGCUCUGGGAGUCCCCAACCUCACACAUCUUCCACCGUCUCCUCCUAUUUCUAAUCUCCAUCACAUUAUUUUACGACAAACAGCCCUCAGCAUGCCACCCCACUCCCACUCUACAUCUAGCUCAUCCCUCUCUUCUGCCCUCCACCCACACCCACCCCCUUGUCCUCCUUCCCUCGCUCAUCCCCUUCAUCUCACCCCCCUCUCUAUCUCCUCUCUGUUCCCUUCCAUCCUGUUCUCCCAUCAUCCAGUCCCUCUGUUUUCCCAAUCACCAGCUUUCCACACAUCACCCCUCACUUCGCUCUCCCCCAUAGCCCUGCAACCUUUGAACUCACAGCCUUUCAUGGACAGAUCGUGGACUGUGAGGUUUCAACAGAAAGCAAUAUAA